UUAAAAGUUCUUCCCUCUUCUUUAAGUCACCCAUUAAUUUCACAUAUAUGUACAUACAUGUUGCAUUUAACUCAUAUACAUACAUAUUCUCACAUCUAUAAAGAGAGCAUAAGACUCAGAGAGAUCUAGAGGAAGAGAGAGAGAGAAAGAUGGGUAGGCCUCCAUGCUGUGACAAGAUAGGGAUCAAGAAAGGACCAUGGACUCCUGAAGAAGAUAUCAUUCUUGUUUCUUACAUUCAAGAACAUGGUCCUGGAAACUGGAGAUCAGUUCCCACCAACACUGGGUUAUUGAGAUGCAGCAAAAGUUGUAGACUGAGAUGGACAAAUUAUCUGAGACCUGGAAUUAAACGUGGAAACUUUACUCCUCAUGAAGAAGGAAUGAUCAUUCACUUGCAAGCCUUAUUGGGUAACAAGUAAUCUCAGACAAAAGGAUCUACAUCUCUUUAUACUUGAAUGUUUUGUGUAUAUAUUUUGAUGAUGUGAACCCUAAACUGGCUUAUUUGUUUACAUAUGGUUGUGGUAAGAUGGGCGUCCAUAGCUUCAUACCUACCACAAAGAACGGACAAUGAUAUCAAGAACUACUGGAACACACAUUUAAAGAAGAAGCUCAACAAGUCUGACAGUGAUGAGAGGAGCAGAUCAGAGAACAUUGCGCUGCAAACUUCUUCGACAAGAAACACCAUUAAUCAUAGAUCUACCUAUGCUUCAAGCACCGAAAACAUUUCCCGCCUUCUUGAGGGUUGGAUGAGAGCGUCUCCAAAGAGUAGUACAAGUACUACUUUCUUGGAACACAAAAUGCAGAACCGGACAAACAAUUUCAUCGAUCAUCACAGCGAUCAGUUUCCAUACGAGCAGCUUCAAGGUUCUUGGGAAGAGGGUCAUAGCAAAGGAAUCAACGGGGAUGAUGACCAGGGUAUAAAGAAUUCAGAGAAUAACAACGGUGAUGAUGUUCAUCAUGAAGAUGGUGAUCAUGAGGAUGAUGAUGAUCAUAAUGCUACACCACCAUUGACAUUUAUUGAGAAAUGGCUUUUGGAGGAAACAAGUACUACUGGGGGUCAAAUGGAAGAGAUGAGCCACUUGAUGGAGCUCUCUAAUAUGCUUUAAUUGUGACAUUUUCUCCUUUAUUUUUUCUUUAUCCUUGUGAAUCUUAUAAAUGAGACUACUAAUUUUAUAUACACAAAUAAAGAAACCAGAAAGACAUAAUAUCAUGUGUUGUUUUUUGGUUUCUCUAAGAUAUAAGUAGCUAAAAUGCUCACUGCAUAAGUUGUAACUAAUCUAAAGUUGUCUACCCAUUUACAUGAAUAAAAUCCAAUUUAAG